AUGAAGUACGUGCCCCUUGGCGCCACCGGUCUCUACGUUUCGCAGCUGACCCUUGGCGCCAUGACGUUCGACGAGCCCGACGGUGCAUUCGGUUCUCGGAUUGGCGGCACCGGCCAGGAACUCGCGACCCGCAUGGUCGACCUAUCGAUUGAGGCGGGCAUCAACCUGUUCGACACGGCGAACAACUAUGGCCUCGGUCAGUCCGAAGUGAUGCUCGGCAAGGCGCUCGGAUCGCGUCGCAGCGAUGUGCUGAUCGCUACCAAGUUCACGACUCCCAUGGGUCAGGGACCGAACGCCGGCGGAAGCAGUCGGCUGGCGAUGAUCCGCGAAUGCGAGAACAGCCUGCAGCGGCUCGGCACCGACUGGAUCGACCUCUAUCAAGUGCAUAGCUUCGACGAGACAACGCCGCUCGAGGAGACGUUGCGCGGGCUCGACGAUCUCGUGCGCCAGGGCAAGGUUCGCUACGUCGGAGUGUCGAACUACGCGGCGUGGCAGCUGGCCAAGGCCGAUGGGAUCUGCGCACGGCUUGGGCUCGAACGCCUGUGUUCGGUGCAGGCCUACUACUCGCUGGUGGGUCGCGAUCUGGAGCGCGAGAUCGUGCCAGCUGCGAUCGAUCUGGGACUCGGCAUUCUCGUGUUCAGCCCGCUCGCGGCCGGCUUCAUGACUGGCAAGUACACCCGCGACGGUGAUGCCGAUGGUCGCCGGGCCGCAAUGAAGAUGCCGCCGGUCAAUGAAGAUCGCGGCUACGACAUCGUCGAUGUUGUGCGAGAGAUAGCAGACGCCAAGGAAGCGACGGUCGCGCAGGUCAGUCUGGCCUGGCUCCUACAUCAACGUGGCGUCGCCAGUGUCAUCGUGGGGGCCCGCACCGAGGAUCAACUCGUCGGCAACCUCGCUUCGGCCGACAUCGAACUCUCGGCCGACGAACUGACCCGUCUCGACGAGAUCAGCCGGCUCGCACCCGAAUACCCGGCGUGGAUCCCACCCGCCUUCCGACGCACGUAG